AUGGCGUUGAAGGUUCUUUCAGCCCUUGAUACAGCGAAAACUCAGUAUUACCACAUCAAGGCCAUCAUCAUAGCUGGCAUGGGCCUCUUCACCGACGCCUACGACCUUUUCUGUAUCCUUCCGAUCAUGGGACUCAUCGGACGUGUGUACUAUGAAAGUGAGUCUGAUGACUCCAACAAGUACAAAGUCCGAACCAGCGUUACUUCAACGAUGCUGGCAAUCGCUCUUUUGGGCACCGCCAUCGGUCAGCUCGUGUUUGGUAGGCUUGGUGACCUUGUCGGAAGGCGCCGCGUGUACGGGAUCGCGUUGAUGAUCAUGGUGCUCAGCUCCAUAGGAUGUGGGUUUUCAAUAUGUACAACGAGGAACUGUGUUCUGGUGAGUCUCGGGCUGUUCAGGUUCAUCUUGGGCUUGGGAAUUGGCGGAGACUAUCCCUUGUCGGCUACCAUCAUGUCGGAGUUCGCCAACAAGACGACACGUGGAGCACUCAUAGCUGCGGUUUUCAGCAUGCAGGGCUUAGGGAUUUUGACUGCUUCUGUGGUCACGAUGACGGUGUGCAGGAUAUUUGACGCUACAUCGGACGUACAUGUGUCGGCAAUGGAUCCGACGCCCCAGAAGGUUGAUAUUGCAUGGAGGUUGAUACUGAUGCUGGGGGCAAUUCCAGCUGCGUUAACGUUCUAUUGGCGUAUGCUGAUGCCCGAAACUGCCAGAUAUACAGCUUUGGUGGAACAGAAUGUGGCCCAAGCGGCUAAGGACAUGGAGAAAGUGUUGGAAGUUUCAUUGAGUCAGAUUGCGGAAGAGUACCCACUCCCACCAAAUGAACCGCCCUAUCCCCUCUUCUCCAAGCAAUUCUUUCGUCGCCAUGGUCGUGAUUUAUUCGCUUCUUCCUGCACAUGGUUUCUUGUCGACAUUGUCUUUUACAGCAGCAAUCUCUUCCAAUCUCAGAUAUACAAACAUCUCCCGGAUAGAGGAAAAAAUGCCUAUCAAGAUGCUUUUGAAGUUGCCAAAAUACAAGCAAUUUUUGCUGCCAGUUCCACAAUUCCAGGCUACUGGGUCACUGUAUGUCUCAUUGAUCGUCUUGGAAGAGUCAAAAUCCAAACAAUGGGUUUUCUCUUAAUGGCAGCGUUUUAUUUAUCAAUUGGGAUACCCUAUAUUAAACAUUGGCAAAAUCACUUAGAUUUAGGUUACAAGUUCCUCUAUGGCUUUAUCUUUUUUUUCUCCAAUUUUGGACCAAACACUACCACCUUUAUAGUUCCCGCUGAGCUUUUUCCAGCAAGAUUUAGAUCAACAUGUCAUGGCAUUUCUGGGGCUGCUGGGAAGGUGGGGGCAGUUAUUGGUUCAGUUGGAAUUUACUCGGCUUUACAGGUUGAUCGAAAGGAAAAUGGUGAUCCCAACGCAAUUAUAAUGUCUGUCAUAUUGGUAAUACUUGCCGGAGUUUGUGUGAUGGGAGGGGUGGUGACAUAUUUGUUCACGCGUGAAACAAUGGGGAGAUCAUUGGAGGAGAAUGAGACUGAUAAUGAUGAGGAGGCCAAAGAGAUGUGUUUAUUCAGAUGUCUUACAGAUACUAGUGUCAACUCACCUUCUUCUUCCGCCCAUAUUCUACCUUAAUCUGUGGUGAUCGAUCAUCUAGACUAUACACCCAUCUUUCUGUCUCUAAUCUUUCAGUGGGUGUGAUUUAGUUAUAUAUAGCCUACUAUAUAUUUUGUAUGUAGAAAAGAAAACCCGCUUGCCCGCUU